UUUGCUGUACAAUAUCAUUUCAUUUUUUUAAGAAAACAAGUAGAUGAUCAAAUGAAAGGAAAGGAACAAAACAUUAGCACAUUCAGAUAUUUUAGGCUCAGACUUGCUACGCAUUGGCAACAUUUCAAGAAAGGGGUGUCCUCAGCGAUUCAGGACAACGAGCUAUGGAGCGGGCCACUGAAACACAUACAAGGAAAAUUUGGAACUGGCGUUCUGUCGUAUUUUGUCUUCUUGCGCUGGUUGUUUCUGCUGAACGUCAUGAUUUUCUUCCUCGUGUUAUUUUUCAUCUUCAUUCCACAAAUUAUUUAUCGUCCCAGUCUAAAGUACGCCAACCUCACGAGUUUUCAUGGCUAUGAUCUCUUGGAUGGUGGAGGAUGGUUCAAUGACACGGAGUUGUACUAUGGUGUUUAUACAAGCGAGACUAUAUCCAUAUCAGAGGGUUAUAGCUACCAGAUGCCUUUGGCGUACCUACUAACCUGUGGAGUUUACCUUCUACUGUGUCUAAUCAUAUUAGUUUCGAGCAUGACAAGUUUGUACGAAAAGAACUACCUUCAAGGCGGGGAAACAAGUUGUGCUCUGACUAAGAAGAUAUUUGCGGCAUGGGAUUACAGCGUAAUUGAUAGAGAAGCUUGUCUUAUUAAGCAGCAGAGCAUCGCAACAGACAUUCAGGAAUGUUUAGCCGAAAGCAAAGACAGGCGAGUCCUCAGUCGUGGCGAUUUAUUUCAACUGAUAUGUUUGAGGAUUGUGACAAACUUCAUAAGUCUUGCUCUAAUUGCUUGCGCUACCUACCUUAUUGUAGAGGUCGUUGCAGGAUAUCCAGUCGAGGAAGACACGACUGUGUUUCAAGAGCUACUCAUGCCAUUGUUGGUUUCAUUUUUGAACCUGCUUCUGCCAGGAAUGUUUCGUAUUAUCGCUAGUUUUGAAAAUUACGCCGACGGAGCUACGGUAGUGAAGGCGUCUCUUGCAAGGACAGUGAUUUUAAAGUUGUGCACAUUGGCUGGAAUCUUUGUGUCUCUCUACCGAGACAUCAAUUGUACUACCGAAGGAACCUCUAGUAAUAACUGCAGGAUUAUCGGAUGUUGGGAAAAUUACGUUGGUCAGACAUUUUAUCGUCUGGUUUGGGUGGAUUUCGCUUUUAUAUUGCUUGCGACUUUCUUUGGAGAGUUCGUCAGGAGAUUGUUAACCACUCACGUCAAAUGGUGGGAGAGACAUAUUGGUAAUCCUGGUUUUGAUAUCUCACGAAAUGUUCUUGAUCUUAUCUACGCUCAAUGUUUAUGUUGGUUCGGGACCUUCUUCAGUCCAUUGUUAUCAUUCAUCUGUCUCUUCAAGCUCUUGGUUUUGUUUUAUGUAAAGAAGACCAGUGCGUUGCGGAAUUGCAGGCCAAGUGUCCGGCCUUUUCUCGCGUCAAAAAUGAACUUCUUAUUCCUAAUAUUACUUGGUAUUUCUUAUGCUCUAAUUCUGGUUGUGUUUGGAUACGCUAUCACGUCAGGAGGGCGACUAAGUCCAUCUGAUUGCGGUCCAUUUAUUGGCAAAAGCACAGUUUAUCAAGUGAUUUUGGACAGUAUCGAAACCUUUCCUCGCGUUUUAAAAGAGAUUAUUCGCACAAUCGCUUCCCCUAGUGUCAUCGCUCUAAUAUUCGUUGUUAUUGGUGUUUUCAUUUAUUACUACAAACUUCUGAAAUCAUCAAAUGAAACGAAAAUGAAGUUAUUGCGGCAACAGAUUAUUCUGACUGGAAAGGAUAAGUUAUAUCUGAUGAAACAAAUAAACCAGAACAGACGAAAUUUGGAGGUGGAGCAAUAAGGAUGAAAAUAAAUGCAAUCAGGACGAGGUACCAGGGACCAUUCGUAGGAACUUUAGCAUAAAAUAUCAAGUUUGUUGAUCUGUGAGACCUUACACGCCAAUCAUUUUCUUCAGGACAAGUUUCGUUCUCAAACUGAAUUUUUGUAUACGAUCAAUUUUGAUUUAUACCUGACGCCGUAAUUAUAUAAUUAUGAUAUAUAACAAUUUAUAAUUAUAUAAUUUUUUGUAUGAUAGACUUAGAUUGUUCGUAUUAACUAAUAAUAAUCAAUUUUGUCAUGUAUAUUUUGAAAUUGUGUUUAAUAUAGAACUUGUA